UGAUGAGAUUGAACCUGGCGAAGCGAGAGAAUAGAUUUUUGAGGAAUCUCAUUCUUCGUUGAGAACCCGUGACGGUCGGACGUGCGUUCGUGUUAGAUCCGCGGAGGACCUUUUCCCCAGCCGUUCUGUGUUUUGUUGAGCAGUGGACAGGAUAAGGUGUGUGCACAACCAGCUGAAGUGAAUAAAUGACAGGAGAAAAAAGACGCAAAGGAAGUCUUCGGAGAUGAGAGAUGCUGGUCACGAUGUGAGUUGUGAACAGAAUACUCGAUAGGGAAGGACGUGCGGUGCCUGCGGAAGGAACGUGUGUGUACUGGCGUCAAUUGCCUUCGAUAUCUCUUCGUCGCGCCGUCGUUUGCCGUCGUCGUCGUCGAGGUUUUGGGCCUGAUUUUCGUAGUCGUCGUCGUCGUCACCGUUUUGCGUCUACGGUGUGUGGAUUACGCCGCCACACAUCGAAAUUGUGGUUGAAAUUCAAGAGAGGUUUUUAUUUUGAUAAAAAAAAGACGGUAAAUUAAGAUGGGAGAAGAAACAACUUGCUGCUACUAGAGAUUGUGUAGUGGAAGAUUUUUGCCACCGGUGGUGCGGCAGUGAGAGGAAGUGGCGGUGAUUACUUUUCCUCCGUGUGCAGUUUUUCUUCGGAUGUACACAGAUAAUAAAAGUGGAAAUAAAAGUAUGUGUGCUCUUCGACGACGGAGGUGAAGAAACUGAAAGUGCUGUUGACGAACAAACCGAGCCAGACUCCAAAAACUCUCGGAAGAGCAGUAACAGCGCGGUGGUACUCCAGGAGGGAAGCGCAAGGCGAGAACCAAAAUACGCAAAAAAAACAAGGAUCAGAGCGAUCGUCAGUGAGCAUUGGCUUAUUUCCUUCGUGUGAGUGUGUGUGAGGGAGAUCGGAAUAAAGCAGUGGAAACAAGCAAAAAAGUAAACAAAUUUUGUGUUUGUUAGUGUUCGAUUCGAAUAAGAGAAGCAAAGCGAAAUCGAAAAAAAGGUUGUUGUGUUUUGAUGCACUCUUAUUGCGAUGGUUUGCUCAUCGAGAAUCUGGUUCUCGGUGCGAGCCGCGGUAUACAGCGGUUGAUUUGGGAUGGAAUUCCUGUUUUACUGGUGGUCAAGGUGAAAUAAGGUGGAAGUAAAUAAAAAAUAAAUAAAAGUGAACGUGUUUGUGUAAAAAAGGGACUGCGGCGAGUAGAAAAAACGCUGGUGCGCGUUCUUCUUGGUGGUGUGUUUUUGGUGCAGAAAUUGAUGCAAAUAUUCAUUUUGCGGCUGCGAGAAAAAUAAUUACGACAUAGGUGCCGGCUGCUGCAGCAGGGUGUGAGAUUGCCGGUGACGAUGAACGCCAACAAAAAUAGCUGUUGUCAAUACGAGGCGACUCGGUUUACUAGAAUGCAUCUGGCCGCAAGUCGCAAGGAGCGCAAAGCCCACACUUCGCCGUCUGUCUGGCGCGGUGUUGGUAGCGGCUGUGGCAUUGCGAUGAUGCUGGUGCUAGGAUUUUCGCUACUGAUUGGAAGCGUUGUAAAGCCAACGACCGCUGCUGGCCUUGAAAAAUCGGCGAGCGCAGGUGCUGGCAGUUUUACCACCGGUGCUUCAACCGGCGGCGGUGAUGAUGAUGCUGCUGCCGCCAGUGGUAGGGAUGGCGUUAAUUAUAAAAAUCAUAACAGAAAUGAAAAGUUCGCGGCUGAUAUAACGACAACUCUUCUAGCGCCACUAUCCAUUUCGAGGAGGAAUUUAGCGACACCCAGUUCGACUACGGCGGCGUAUGAUUCCGAUUUUACAGCUACGUGUCCUCGGUCCCACUUCACAUGCGGCGAUGGCAAAUGUAUUCCACAGCACUGGAAAUGUGAUACCUAUACCGACUGCCCGGACGGAUCGGACGAAAUUGAUUGCGACAAGGCUCACAAAUGCAAGGACGACCAGUUCCAGUGCAAGCUCACAAACAAAUGCAUCCCGGCGGGUUGGACCUGCGACGGGGAACCCGACUGCGGUGUGGUGGAGAAAUUCCGCACCAUCGAUAUGUCCGACGAGGACGGCCAGCUGUGCCGCAGCUCGAAACAUUGUCUUCCAACGCAAACCGUGUGUAGUAGCGGUAAGUGUUUAGAAAUAGAAAAAUUUUGCGACGGAGUGUGGGACUGUUCGAACGAUGAGCUGAGGUGUCCCACGAACGAUUCCUCCGAGUGUGAUGCACUGAAAUGUGUCCACGGUUGCCGACAGACGCCGGGUGGUCCCAAGUGUUUUUGUGCCAAAGGAAGUCAGCCCAAGGGGCGAGACUGUGAGGAUUUCAACGAAUGCCGGAUGGAAGGCAUCUGCGAUCAGUUCUGUGAGAACAAACCCGGAUCGUACGAGUGUACCUGUGCCAAAGGAUACGUACGAAAUGGCAGCAAGUGCCUGGCUGUGAAUAUUCCCAAAGAAGAGCCGACGUCACUGCUCUUUGUAACCCCGACUGAAGUGCGCAAAUUUCCUGUGAUCAACGGCACUGCCACCGCUCAUCCUAACUCAACCACCAUCGAUCUUAAUAUUAGCAACGUACAGGCCUUGGAAAUCUACCACCGAAAUCGAACCUUUUGUGUGGUGAGGAAGCCUACCGAGACGGCGGUGUUCGAAUGUUAUAGCGUAGACAAUGUGACGCACAACUGGAUGAUGCCCAUGCCGGAUUUGUUUCCAAAUAUCAACAAUGUCGACCAUAUUAGCAUCGAUUGGAUUUCCGGGAACUGGUACUUUCUCGAUGAUCAGCGGGAGAUCAUUUUUGUCUGUUCGGGACAGCUGAGACACUGUACAAUAAUUUUGGAGAACGAUCUUGCGAAGCCUCGGGGGAUGGCAUUGGAUCCGACGAAGGGUUUUCUGUUCUUUGUCAAAUGGGGUAACUUCCAAGCCAGCGUGGAACGAACACUUCUUGAUGGUAACAAUCGAACCGCACUCGUAAACAAGAAGAUCGUCUAUCCCCAGGGAUUGGCGCUGGAUAUUGUCAUGCAGCACAUUUACUGGGUCGAUACCUACCUAGAUUCGAUCGAACGAGUUAACUACGACGGAAGCAAUCGGUGGUUUCUGAAAAGGUCUGCCCAGUUCAUGAUAUACAUGCAAUCCAUUCACACGGUGAACGUUUUCGAGUCUACAAUAUACCUUGCGUCGCGGAAAAAUCGUUCCAUUGUGGCGAUCGACAAGUUCACCGCCGAAGCUCAACUUAUAACAGCGGACAUUACACGGGCGUUUCAUCUGCACAUAUUCCACCGACAGAAACAACCGGAAGUGGCGCAUCCUUGUCGUAAUCAGAACGGAGGCUGCGACCAUCUGUGUAUUACGGCCUGGAAGAAGACUGUCGCCAUUGGGCAGUGUAUGUGUUCACCCGGCUAUCGGCUCAAGACCAAAGAUCAGUGUGUGCUGAUCAAAAGACCGACCUUUCUGAUCUACGUCAAAGCGAACGCGGGCAUUAUCCGCGGGAUCCCGCUCGGAAUCAAGUCGCAGGAGGCGAUCGUACCGGUUACGAAUCUAGGCCGGGACAUCACGUUCGAUUAUCACAUCGAGGAUCAGUUGAUUUAUUUUGCGCAUCAUGACAAAAUCCAAUCAAAGUUCUCCAUCGAAAGUCAGAGUUUGGAUGGCAGCGGCCGAGAGAAGCUAUGGGAGGCGGAGGGUUCCUGUGAUGGACUCGCCUACGAUUGGGUUGGUCACAAUCUGUUCUACACAAACUCCGAGCGAGGUCGAAUAACCGUACUCAAGCUGGGAUCGAAGAUUGCCGCGCUCAUCGUGCUGAGGGAUCUGAUCCGGCCGCAAUCGCUAGCGUUGGAUCCCAAAAAGGGUCUCAUGUACUGGUCCUCGUGGGCUCCAUCCGGUGGAAGCAUCGAGUGGUCCUGGAUGGACGGCAAUCGGAGAGAAGUACUGGUAGAUGGACGUGAACGACCAAUGGUUUGGCCCAGUGGACUGGUACUGGAUCAGCCCCAGAAGCGUCUGUAUUGGUGUGACUCUAGAACGGGGAUGAUCGAGAGCGUCACCCUGGACGGACUUCACCGGACGCUCCUGUAUGAUGGGCGAUCUCGCAAUCACUAUCCCAUCUCGAUCGGAGUUUAUAAACAGCAGAUCUACUUCUCGGACAACGUCAGAGGUAACAUUGAACGACUCAACCUAAGCAAUCCGGAAUCAAUCGACACGAUCGCAUUCGAAAAGCCGCAAAUCUUUGGCAUCAAAAUAUUCGACAAUCUCACACAGUACAACAAUAAUCACAAGAAGUUGUGUGACAAGGGAUGCCCCGGGAUUUGUAUCAACACCCCAGUGCAACCGGAAUGUGUCUGCGAGGAGUCGUACGUGCUGAAUGAGGACAAGCUCAAGUGUUUACCGGUGGUAGCGAUCGCAACGCCACCCAAGAAUUGCUCGAUCGGAACCAAUUUUCUGUGCAGAAACGGAGUUCAGUGUAUCGACCAAAGGUUCACCUGUGAUGGCGAUCGGGAUUGUGAUGACGGGAGCGAUGAGGAGCAAUCUCCGGACGGACCAUGCAACUCGAACUGUGAUCUGGAGCACAAUUUCAAGUGCGACGAUCAGAGAUGUAUCAACAGAUCUUUAGUAUGUGACGGAACGGUGAACUGCAUCGACGAAACGGAUGAGGAUUACACCAACUGUCCGAACAUGACCUGUAUCGACAACUUCUUCCAGUGCGACAUCAGCCGCCGGUGUAUUCCGAAGAGUUGGGUCUGUGAUCGGCACCCGGACUGCGGUCCGAACGAUCAUUCCGACGAACCGGACAACUGCCACAAGUGUGAGGAGUUUGAAUGCAAAAAUGGCGCCUGCGUUUCGUUCGAACUGCUCUGCGACGGAGAGAACAAUUGCGGUGAUCACUCGGACGAGACCCAGUGUGAUGUGGAGUGCAAAGCGAAUGAGUUCUACUGCAGUCCGUACGGUUGCAUCGAUCGAUCCCAGAUGUGCGAUCCGAAGUUGAACUGCUUGAAUGCGUUCAGCGAUUGCGAACAGCGGGGACACGAGAAUGGGACCGUCAAUGGGACUGUGAUAUUCCCGUCCGGACCUAUCAAGACGGAAACGGAACUGAUUGCGCAGUGCGAGCAGGACGUUAGCGUUGUGUGUGGGAUGGACAAGGAGUGCAUUAAGGUUUAUCAUAAGCUCUGCCAGAGUGUGAAGCUUCCAGUGUACAACGAGACGGUGGUUUGUCUACAUCCGGACCGUAUUUGCAGGGUAACGAAUACUUGUAUUAAAGUGGAGCAGCUGUGCGAUGGAAGAAUGGAUUGCCCGGAUAACAUGGACGAAGGAUUUCGUUGCAAGGACAAGCUCUGUGAUAGUGAGGCGGAGUGUUCCCACACCUGUCACAACGCUCCGGAAGGUUUUGUAUGCUCGUGUCCGGAUCAGUUGUUUCUACAGCCGAAUGGGAAGGAGUGCUUGGCUGAUCACGCCUGUGAGCACUGGGGCACGUGUUCACAGAUCUGCAUCCCGAAUGGAAAGCACUAUCGGUGCAGUUGCAACGAAGACUACACUCUGACCUUCGACAAAUUCACUUGUCGAAGCAACAACCCGGAUGCACCGAAUGUUAUCUUCAGCAAUAGGCAGGAGAUUCGAGGGGUUGAUUUGAACACUUUGGCGGUGAAGAACCUCUACACUUCGCUACGAAACACGAUCGCGUUGGAUUUUCUGUGGAAGAAUGAUUCGGUUCAGAUCUUCUGGACCGAUGUGCUCGAUGAUAAGAUCUUCUGCGGUACGCUCUUUGGUGACUCGUUGAGUAAUGUCGAGGCGGUUGUCCAGUCGGGACUUUCGACUGCCGAGGGGCUGGCAGUUGACUGGAUUGGAAUGAAUCUCUACUGGAUCGAUAGCAAUUUGGAUCAAAUCGAGGUUGCGAAGAUUAAUGGUAGCUUCCGGAGAACGUUGGUCGCCGGGGAUAUGGUGAACCCAAGAGCGAUAGCUCUCGAUCCUAUGGAAGGAUUGCUUUUCUGGACCGAUUGGGAGAAGGAUGCUCCACGGAUAGAACGCUGUACCAUGGCGGGUGAGUUCCGCAUGACAAUCAAGUACGUGGAGUCGGGAGGUGGCUGGCCAAAUGGUAUAACGCUCGAUUACAUCCUGAAGCGAGUCUACUGGAUAGAUGCACGUUCCGAUUCUAUCCACACAACAAACUAUGAUGGCGAAGAUCAUCACGAGGUCAUUAAGGAUCAGGAAGUGCUCUCUCAUCCCUUCAGUAUCACUUUGUUCGACAACUAUGUCUACUGGACCGACUGGCGCACCAAUUCCGUGAUCCGAGCCAAUAAAUGGAAUGGAUCCGACGUAACCGUAAUCCAGCGGACCCAAAGCCAACCAUUCGGCAUCCAAAUCCUUCACUCUAGCCGACAACCCAACAAUCGCUCCCAUAAUCCCUGCGCUCAAAACAAUGGCAAUUGUUCGCAUCUGUGUCUGCUCAGUGUUAACGAAACGUACCAAUGCGCAUGUCCGCACGUGAUGCGUUUGAACGAAGACAAGAAGCACUGCAUCGCGAACGAGCAGAUCCUGUUGUUCGUUAUGUCCACCGAAAUUCGGGGAGUCGAUCUACAGCAACCCAACCAUUACACCAUCCCAACCAUAAGCCAUCAAACGCAAGUCGUCCAACCGGCCGUGCUGGACUAUGACAUUGCAGAGGCUCGGCUCUACUGGAACGAUAUCCAGCUGAACGAGAUCAAAUCAUCCUCGCUUGCAACGGGCCCGAUCGAGACGAUUCUGGAUACGGAUAUUUCCCAUUCGCUCGGCUUCGCCGUCGAUUGGAUUUCGAGACUGUUGUAUGUGUCAGCUGGGGCGGAGACCAACAGCCGCAUCCUGGUGUGCAACAUGAAGGGUGAGUUCAUCUCUGAGAUACUGAAGGAUCUGCCACUGGUGAACAGUUUGGUGGUGCAUCCGUCCAAAGGUCUACUAUACUUCGCAACAACGAACGAAUCGCCAAAGCUGUAUGAACUGUAUUACAGCCGCAUGGAUGGUUCGGAGAAGCAGUUGAUCAGCAAUUCCACCUUUUACCCGAUGGAGAGCCUCGUUAUGGACUUCGAAACGGAGCGUCUUUACUACAUCACGUCGAAAAUAGGAGAGAUUUAUUACUAUGACAUAGGCAGCGGCAAAAUCAUCAAGGUGCUAGCGUCGAGCGAUUCCCACCCCAUCAGUACGAUCACCGUCUACCGGGAGCAUCUGUACUUCGACGAUGGCUUCGAGAGUCGCAUCAUGCGCUGCAACAAGAACCUCUGCCAGAACGCGGAGGUGGUGCGCAACAACACCGGCGGUCUCAACGCAAUUCGGAUGUACCAUCCGGGCGCCCAGAGUGGUAGCAACUCGUGCAGUCGAAACAAAGGCGGAGGAUGCCAGCAUCUGUGCAUUCCCAUCGCGGCACACGAGCACGUGUGCGAGUGUGCGAUGGGCUACCGGAAGGAUCCGCACGAUGUAACGCGAUGUGUCGGAAUCGAUAACUUCCUGAUGUACUCGAUUGGCCACCAGCUGAAGGGGCUGGCCGUCGGGGAGGCGGAAGAUCAGAACGAGAUGGUGAUUGGACCGCUGCAGAAGGUAUCACUGGCUACUGGUAUCGAUUACCACGCGAAGAGUGAUUUCGUGUUCAUCGCUGACAGUGAUGGGGGCUCGAUUGUGAGGAUCAAGCGGGACGGUAGCGAACGAUCGGUAAUUGUGAGCAACUUCGAACAGGUUGUGGACGUCAACUCGGUCGAUUGGUUGGGAGGUAUCGCGAUCGACUGGGUGGCGGACAAUAUUUACUGGACCGAUCAGAAGCGGAAUUUGAUCGAGGUGGCGCGAUUGAAUGGGUCGUUGCGAUACGUGGUCGCAUCGAAUGUGGAGAAACCCCAGCUGAUCGUCGUCGAUCCAGUGGGAGGUUUCAUUUUCUACUCGGGCAAAGGUAAAAUCGGACGAACCGGGCUGGAUGGGACGGGGAAGUUCAUACUCGUGAAUCAGACCGCGAUCAUAAGUGAUCUGACGCUGGACAUCGAAAAUCAGGUCGUCUACUGGUGCGAGCUGCAAACGGACACCAUCUGGAGGGUGGAUUACGAUGGAAACAUGAAAACGGUUUUGCUCAACAACACGAUGGAUAAUGUGAAGGCGUUGGAUCUGUACGACGAAAACAUAUUCUGGUCGGAUGUUCGAGGCAACAUCAAGGUGGCAAACGUGAAGAACAUGUCAGUGUUUUGGACGGUGAAAGAAUCUGAGGGCACCGUCAUAAAGGAUAUCAAAAUAUUUUCCUCCCACAAGCAGCAGAAGACGAAUGCUUGUGGUGUGAACAACGGCGGAUGCCAGGAACUGUGUCUCUUCAACGGAACCCACCCAAUCUGUGCGUGUUCGCAUGGGAAAAUAUCAAAGACUGACUUUAAAACCUGCGAACCGUACGAAAACUUUCUUAUAUUCUCCCGAGUGUCCGCCAUUGACAGCAUACACAUGACGGAUGCGAACAAUAUCAACGGACCCAUAGCGGAGAUCCAAAAUUCAACCUUCCUCAAAAACACGAUCGCUCUCAGCUACGACUACGAGCAGAGUAUCAUCUUCUAUUCGGACGUUGAGUACAGUUCGAUCAAUUCGGUGCAUUUCAACGGAUCCAACCACCGCCAAAUUGUUUCCAAACAACUGACCGUUGAGGGUUUGGCUUUCAACCCCAUAACGAAGCAUUUGUUCUGGACAUCGAACAACGAAGCGUCGAUAAGAUCGCUGAAUCUGACCAACGCGACGGAUAACGCCAAGGAGAAUGCUGGUCGGGUCCAGGAGCUCAUCAAGCUAAAACCCACCGACAAACCUCGCGGCAUCGCCGUUGAACCCUGUCUUGCGAUGAUCUACUGGACCAACUGGAAUCCACUGGCGGCGUCGAUCCAGCGGGCGUAUCCUUCGGGCUACGGGGUGGAAAGUAUUAUCACGUCGGACAUUCGUAUGCCCAAUGCGAUCACGCUGGACUACCAGGCGAAGAAGCUGUACUGGGCUGACGCUCGCUAUGACAAGAUAGAGCGGGCGGACUACGACGGCAAGAACCGGGUUGUGUUGGCUCACUCUACCCCGAAGCAUCCGUUCGCGAUGGCUGUGUACGGUGAUUUGCUGUUUUGGACCGAUUGGAUCCUGCAUGCGGUGAUUCGAGCGAACAAGUACUCCGGCAGUGAUGUGGUCUGGCUGCGGAAGGACAUCGCACGGCCGAUGGGAAUAGUGGCGGUGCAGCAGAUCGAUCAAGACUGUAGUGCGGAUCCGUGCCGGAUUCUGAAUGGGGGGUGCGAGGAUGUGUGCCUGAUCGAUGCCGCCGGAAAGAUCAAAUGUAGCUGCACCCAGGGAGUGCUUGCCGCCGAUGGUCAACGAUGCAUUCCGAAGCUGUCAUCGAACUGCACGGCUGAGCAGUUCAGCUGCUCGAUCGGAGGUUGCAUUCCGUUCUACCUGACGUGUGACUCGAUCGCGCACUGUCUGGACGGGUCGGAUGAAAUGCAGAGCUACUGUGCCAGCCGUGAGUGUCCCUCGCGGUACUUUCAAUGUGGUGACCACCGCUGUAUUCCACUGUAUCAACUGUGCGAUGGGAUUGAAAACUGUGGCGAUGGGAGUGACGAAAAAAGUUGCGAGUGUGAUCCGUCGACGCACUUCCGGUGCAGCUCGGGACAGUGCAUCUCCAAGCAUAUGCGCUGUGAUAACGAUCCCGACUGCACCGAUAUUUCCGACGAAAUCGGGUGUCCGAAUGUGAGAAACUGUAGUGCGAUGCAUUCCGGGGAGUUUCUACGGUGUGCGAACACUACAGCUUGCUACAUGCCAUCGUGGCUUUGUGACGGAGAAAACGAUUGCUGGGAUAACAGCGAUGAGCAGAACUGCACCACGUCGGUGGCUCCAACCUGUCCGGUGGACAAGUUCCUCUGUGCGAAUGGUCACUGCAUUCCCCUGAACUGGCGAUGUGAUAGCGAGGAUGACUGUCUGGAUGGUACGAUCAGCCAGUUGAGUUCGGAUGAGGUUAACUGCACCAGGCACUGUAAACCGAAUCAGUUCCGAUGCGUUAACAGUACCGAAUGUAUUCCGAACAAUUGGCAGUGUGACAAUAAUCCGGACUGUACGGAUGGAUCGGACGAAGGCGAACACUGCCAGCAGCGAGUGUGUCCCGAUUGGGAUUUCCAGUGCCCGGCGAGUGGUCGAUGUAUUCCGAAGAAAUGGAUGUGCGAUGGAGAAGUGGACUGCGUUGGUGGGGAAGAUGAGGCCAACUGUGAUUCUUUGGAACAAAGCUGCGAUCCUGACUCGUUUACGUGUCACAGUGGAGAUUGUAUCAGCAGACAGUAUGUGUGCGAUGGAGAUGCGGACUGCGUAGACGCAUCCGAUGAACCGGUAGACUGCAGCACAGGCUUCGAAGUGAGUGACGGUUGUAGAAACGACGAGUUCCACUGUAAGAACAACAAAUGCAUCCCGAAGAGUUUAACGUGCAAUGUAAACAACGAUUGUGAGGAUGGUUCGGACGAGGAUAUACAGCUGUGCAAGAACACAACGCUUAUCUGCGCCGGUCCGGAAUGGUUCCGAUGUGUGAGUGGUGUCUGUAUUACAAGUUCUCUGCUUUGUGAUGGAGCAAACGAUUGUGGGGACUGGAGUGAUGAAGAGUCCUGCCGAAUCAAUGAGUGUGAACAAAUGCCGGAACUGUGCGCUCAUCACUGUGAAGAUCGUGAAGUUGGUUACGAUUGUACCUGUCGACCCGGGUUCAAAGUUAAUAUCACCAAUAAACAUUUGUGCGACGAUGUCGAUGAGUGUAUCGAUCGACCCUGCAGUCAAAUGUGUAUCAACACGUACGGAUCGUACCACUGCUUCUGUCACGAAGGAUACGUUAUGAGAGCCAACGGCACCUGCAAGGACGAUUCGCUGGAGCCCGUUAAACUCAUCUUCUCCAACCGUUACUACGUACGAGAGGUCGACCUGAGCGGGUCGAUGUCCAUUCUGGCGCACAAUCUGUCCAACGCCGUAGCUCUCGACUAUGACUGGCAAACGAAGUGCUACUACUGGUCGGACGUCACCUCGGUGGUAAGCUCGAUCAAGCGCAUGUGUUUGAGUUCCAACAAAACCGAAACCCUACACAAAUCCACCCUAAAGAAUCCCGACGGUUUGGCGAUCGAUUGGGUGGCACGCAAUCUGUACUGGUGCGACAAGGGUCUCGAUACAAUCGAACUGUCCAAACUGGAUGGGCGCUACCGCAAGGUGCUCAUCAACAAGAAUCUCCAGGAACCCAGAGCGAUCGUGCUCGAUCCCUUCCAGAAGCACAUGUACUGGAGCGAUUGGGGAGAUCAGCCGUACAUCGGUAAGGCCGGCAUGGAUGGAACCAAUCAAACGAUGUUGAUUAAGCACAACCUCGGCUGGCCGAACGCGCUCACAAUAAGCUUCGAAACGAACGAACUGUUCUGGGGAGAUGCCCGGGAAGACUUCAUAGCCGUUAGCGACCUGGAGGGUCGCAACCGGAAGGUCAUCCUCUACCGAGACAUGCAUCCAUCGAUGAACUUGCAUCACAUCUUCGCCAUCGCCGUCUGGGAGGACCGCAUCUACUGGACCGACUGGGAAACCAAAUCGAUUGAGUUCUGUCACAAAUAUCGGGGCGAUCAAUGUGGUUCACUGAUCAAAACGAUCCAUCGUCCGAUGGACCUGCGAGUGUACCAUCCCUUCAGACAGCAAAAAUCCGAAUCCGACCCAUGUCAGCUGGCAGGCUGCUCGACACUUUGUCUGCUGUCGCCUGAACCGCCCGGAUACAAGUGUGCCUGUCCGGAUCACUUCGUGCUCGGCGUGGACAACCGAACAUGCAUCGCCAAUUGCUCCUCGGCCCAGUUCCUGUGCAAGACCACGUUCAAGUGCAUUCCCUACUACUGGAAGUGUGACAAUCAGGAUGACUGCGGGGACAACAGUGACGAGCCGGACGACUGUCCCGAGUUCAGCUGCGAGUCCGGUCAGUUCCAGUGUGACAAUAAUAAGUGCAUUAGUCCGGGUUCGAUUUGCGACGGCAAGAACCAAUGUGGCGAUGAUUCGGACGAAAAGGAUUGCGAUGAUUAUGAGUGCUUCAGUUCUCAGUUCAAGUGCAGUCGGUCGGCUGACAGGAAUGCGUUCUGUCUAGAAGCCAACAAACGCUGCGAUGGGACCCAGGAUUGUCCCAAUGGGGAAGACGAGAGCGAAUGCGAGAGGAACACCUGCGCAGAGCAUCAGUUCAAAUGCGAAUCGGGCAGAUGUAUCACCAAGGUGUGGGCUUGUGAUGGGGACAUUGACUGUACGGAUGGAUCGGACGAGCGAAACUGCGGCCACAGAACGUGCGGAGAGAAUGAAUUCAGAUGCAACAAAGGACGCUGUAUACCGCAGUCCUGGUUGUGCGAUGGGGAGGCGGACUGCGUGGAUGGCGAGGACGAGAAGGAGAACUGCAAACCACCCGAGGUGACCUGCGAGUCGUCCUACUUUCGGUGUAACAACUCCAAGUGCAUUCCCGGGCGGUGGCGAUGUGAUUAUGAGAACGAUUGCGGCGAUAAUUCGGACGAGAUGAACUGUCAGUUGCGGAACUGCUCGGAGUCCGAGUUCAGAUGCCGGGAUGGGCACUGCAUACGGGGCGUUCGGAAGUGCGAUGGCGAGUACAACUGUGCGGACCGGAGCGACGAGGAGGAUUGUGAUGUGAGCUGCAAGCCGGACGAGUUUAAAUGCAGCAGCCAUAAUAUUUGUAUCAGCACAAACUUCCUCUGCGACGGGGACAACGAUUGCAUCGACGGCUCGGACGAAGAGCAGUGCCAGUGUCAGGAGGAUGAGUACCGCUGCGACAAUGGAAAGUGUAUCCUGCGGAACUGGGUAUGCGAUGGAAUUGACGACUGUCUGGAUCGUUCGGACGAGAAGGGCGAAUACUGCCAGGAACAGGGAUGCCACAAACGUGCCUUCAGAUGUAGCAAUAGAAACUGUAUUCGGAAGGGAUUGGUGUGUGACAACAAGGAUGACUGCGGCGAUAAUAGCGACGAAAAGAACACCCUCUGCAAGUGUCCCCCGGAGACGUUCCGCUGUAGCAGCGAUUCCAAGUGUAUAGCCAGAGAGUUGCGCUGUGACACAAAACCAAACUGUUUGGAUGAAUCGGAUGAGGUGGGGUGCCUCCGGACGGGCUGUUCGUUCGGGACGUGUAGUCAAAUAUGUGCGAAUAAGAAGUUCCACUACAAUUGUCGUUGCGCGGCUGGCUAUCAGAAGGGACACCUGCUGAAUGAUACCUGCACUGCUACCGAGGAGAAUGGAAUACUGUUGGUUUCCUCAGAAUCCGACUUCAGGAGUAUGUAUCAAGGGACAACCGUUAUAGGUUUCCUACAAACGAAUUCCAGGAAAAUAGAUCGUUUCGAUUACUCCAUCACUAAGCACAACAUCACCCUGUUUUGGGUGGAUAGCCAUGACAAAAGCGUCCAUAAGGUGCACAUGGACACAUCGGUUAAAUCGGUGGAAACUUACGAACCAAUUCACACCGCUUUCCGCCGAGCUACGGCUUCGUACGAUCGUGUGAAAACUCUGGAUGGCAAGCAUUCAUCGAUGAUACUGAAGAAUCAAAACGUCAUCCCGCUGGCCAUUGCUUGCGAUUGGUUGACGGAGCACAUCUAUGUGAUAAACAAAAAGCAGAGCAAUAUUUUCACCAUGACAUUCAACGGAACGAACCAUACGACACUCACGGCGACCGGAAAGCACCCGAUCGAUAUUGUGGUAGAACCGAUCAGUCGAGUGAUGGUUUGGUCCGUUAUGGAGGCGAUUAUCAUUUCCGGAAUGGAUGGUUUCAAAAAGCAGAAGCUUGUGCAAACCAACAUAGAGUGGGCUUCGGGGUUGGCGAUAGAUCAGCCUACGAACCGUCUAUAUUGGGCCGACUAUCGGAAGAGUACGAUUGAAACAUGUCUGCUCACUGGUGGGGAUCGUCAUGUUAUCAUCGAGAUGCAUGGUUUUUCGAAACCGAAAGUACUGGAUGUGUUUGAGGACAGUGUUUACGUGAUACUGUACAAUCAGAGCAUUCUCAAGCUGAACAAAUUCGGCAAGGACAAUGGGACGGAUGUUUUCCAGGGUACCCGAGGUUAUCGAUCUUCGGAUCUGAACUACAUCCACCCGUUGAAGCAGAAUAGGAUAGUUGUCAAUCCGUGCAGCCUUUAUCCGUGCCACGAGUCGACCGUUUGUUUGUUGUCUAUCGAAAACCCCAAAGGACGACGUUGUUUGUGUACCGACAGUCGGCCUGUACCGCUUCAGGACACGAAUGGGGAAGUUUUGAAAUGCGAAGAAGCGGUUCCGAUUCACUGUGGGCUCCCGUGUAACAUUGGCCAUUGUGUAGUGGAGGAUGGCCAGCCCAAAUGCAAAUGUCCGCCGCUAUACGACGGUAAAUACUGUGAGCACUACAUCUGCUCAGGUUACUGUAUGAAUCGGGGAGCAUGCUAUACGAUUAACAAUGUUCGGAAGUGUACCUGUUUGCCACAGUGGACCGGUGAUCGGUGCGAGCACUCCACCGGAGCUUGCCUGACAUAUUGCCACAACGGGGGUAACUGUUCGAUCGCAAACGACGGGACAAUGUCCUGUGCGUGUCCGAGGGAUUACGAGGACCAACAGUGUCAGCAUUGUUCGAACUUGAAGUGCGAAAAUGGGGGUGUUUGUCGGAAGACAGCGACCGACAAAAGCCAGUGCGAGUGCCCGGAUGGAUUCAGUGGGAGAAGCUGCGAGAUUGAUACUUGUAUCAAUUACUGUGAGAACGGAGGCGAAUGUACGAUCGAUAAGGGAGCUCCCAAGUGUAGCUGUCCGGAGGGAAUUGCCGGCGAGCGUUGUGAGAAUCAAGGUUGCCAGGAAUUGUGUCGAAACGGAGGAGUGUGCAUCACCGGGGCAAGUCCCUACUGCAGCUGUCGGAAGGGUUACGAAGGCCCAUAUUGUGAGGUUGAUCUUUGCGACAGCAAUGAUAAUCGACCGGAUUAUUGCCCACCGUUACGACCGUCACCCAGUCCACUGCCUAGUUCCUGCAAUGAAUUUGUCUGCAGCAACACCGGACACUGUUUGGAAGUUCGUGGCAGACCGAUCUGCAAUUGCACCAACCAAUAUGCGGGCGAUCAUUGUGAACUUUACGUUAGCUACAACAAUCCGUGCAUCAACCACUGCAAGAACAGUGGUAUCUGCCAGCUGAAUAUCUAUUCCACUUCCAACGUGACGUACGUCCCGUCGUGCGUGUGCGUUGGCGAGUGGACCGGCGAACAGUGCGAGAGGCCACCGAACUGCAUCGAUGAGUGCGGUACGUGCGUGGCCGACAGUUCCAUCAAUGAGUGCAUGUGUGAGGAUGGUUCACUGAACACAUGUUUGAAGGAGAUCACACUCGCCGAACUGGAGAGUCGCGAUCGAACCGGCUAUACGCUGUCCAUUCUAGCGAUUGUGCUGUUUGUGAUACUGAUAGCGGUGGCCGGCUUCGGAGGGGCUCUCUAUGGACUGAGGAAACGAAGAAAUGGACAACCAUUUUCACAUGCUCGACUCACGGAAAACGUGGAAAUCACCAAUCCCAUGUAUCUGGGCGACGUGGAAGAGGUGCCGUCUUUUGUGCACGAGGAUGACAAGGCUCAUUUCGCCAACCCCGUGUACGAUUCAAUGUACGCCGGCGCGAUGAACGUGCACGUGGAUCUGUCCACGUUGCCAGGCAACAGCAACCACCCGCUGCUCAACGCGACCAGUUCGGCACCGGAGGAGAAGAAAGGUCUUCUCCAGAACACUCAGGAUGACUCAAAUGUGCAGGACUUGUUAUGAUGUCGGCUGAAAAAAUAGUAGCAAAUGCGUUUCUAGAGGUUUGGCAUAUGCCCUCGUCCUCUAGAAAUACGCACCGGUUGUCCCAGUGCAGCGUUGUGGUAGGUAAGUUUGAUAUUCGAUCAACGGUUGUUUUUACAGAUUUAAUCUUUGCUGUACAAGCUGGGCUCAAUAGUCACCAAUUCAGUCAAGUUGUUUUUUGUUCUGUAAAAAACAGAACACUCAUUUGAUCUGUAUAUAAAUUGUGAAAUAGGUUAAGGAAUCCUGGUUUUGUAUAAUUUUGAACAAAUAUGUUUAUUUCUCUAUUUUAUGUAUGGAAACAUAAGUUUAAAAAAAUAGGACGAAACAGAAGGUAGCUUUGUUUUUAAGCAUUAAACAUGUAGCUAGUGAGGAAUUCUGUGGUGCCGAGAUACAGUGAAGUUAUUUUAUUGGAUGAGAAAAAAAGACAACGAUCUUUUAUCCACACAGAUCACAUUGAUGAGCUUUAAUGAAAAAAACAAAACUUUACGUUAUCGAAAUGAUAAUCAACUUUAGAACUAAUUAAACUAACUAUCGACAUGAUAAUAGUCUCUAGACAGAAAAAUAUUGUUGCUAUCACAAAUAGAACACAUUUCCGUGUAUCGAAUCGAAUCAUCUGCAGCACUGCAGAAAGGCAGAUGAUUUCGCUUGUGAAUCGAACGAUAAUAAACAACCAAUCAUGAAAUCGACAAUGUCCAUCCAAUGCAUGAUAAUAACCGAAUAAGAAGAGAAUCAGCAUGAAAGAACUCGAGCAAAAAGCAAAACAAUAAUCCUUAGCCCGAAUUAGAAGAAGAAACAAAAAUGCUUCUUAUUAGACAAAACAUGGACAUACCACAAAAGCAAAUUAAAAGCAACUAGAAAUUGAUUGUGAUUUUCAACGAGGAGAUAAAUCCUAUUCGAGUCCUAAUGUUAAAUCUAUGAUAGUUGAAUUUUUGUGACAAGAACGAAUUCAAUAUAGGCGCGUCCCUAUAUUAUAACGAAACAAUAUGCCAUAAAGGAAGUUGACAUACUCACACAGACGCAUCUCGCUAGUUUAAUUGAAUCUAUCGAAUUCCACAAAUAAGGCACGGCAUGGAACUAAUACUGCAAGUUUAAAGUCAAUACCGUAAUAAGAUAACUUUAGCGAAAUUAACAGCAGUCGGAGAUGCCUCCGCUCUGGGGAAACGAAUUAGCAUUAGCGCGUAUGGGUUUUCUGUUUUACUACCAAGUGGAAAUGAAUUCGCCGAAACGAACUCAAUUUUUUGUCAUGAAGAAAUGUUUAAAAUAAAGACUGUAAUUUUCCAAUAA